AUGGCCGAAAAAUUCAGGUUUCCCCGACUCAACACUUUUAGCCUUCUUGGCAAGCAGCCAAGAGUUGCCGAAACGGGGAGGGAGCAGGAAGGUGCGCACGUGAGCGCGAAGAAGGGACAAGAGCGCGGAUUGGCUAGGCCGACUCACUACAGGACUUCCACCCAUCACCAGACCACUCAGCGAACUGAGAGCGAGUGCGUCGGAACGACGGCGACGACGAGGACAUUCGAGGGACCAGAGGGCGGCUUCCAAGGCUGGGCAUCUCUGCAUCCUCAUCAAUUCCUCCCUAAAGCGGUCGAGGGUCGCGUGGUAGACGUCCGACCUACGUCGGUGACUUGGACCUUCCAUCUCUACACAGCAUGCCCAACAGAACCUUCCACCGCUUUCUUUCACCGGACUGAGCUCCUACACCUCUCGCCCUCUCGCCAGACUGCAUGGGCCGGAGCCGUAGACGAACCUCUAGCCAUGUCAAAGGUGGCGCAACUCUUCAAGGGCGCCAUGGGCGUCGGCAAGCAAGCCCAGGAGGUGGACGAAGCUGUUAAUCGGCCUCCAGUGCGACCAGCGCUGCGACUGAGAAGGGACGGACUUGUGGACUUGUCAUCGCCCGGCGACGAGAUAGCAGCCAUAAGCGAGCGCAACCAGCAGCAAUCACCCCUUCUCCGCCUUCCGCCCGAGAUCCGCAAUCGCGUCUUCAGACUCGCCUUUGGCGGCGACGGUAGGCAUAUCCACGUCUACGACAGGUCGCUGGACCCGACGUCCAACCCGACCUCCACAGCCGCCAGCACCCCAGAGCCUUCCAAGGUCGCCAAAUUCCUGGGACGUAACGGAAGCCAAAAGAAGAAGAACGAGGAGGAGCCCAAACCUUCGCCCAUCGGCCCACUAACCAACUGCAUGUACGCCGACCACGAGGAGUGCUUUAAGAAACCCGACGCCAAAUCGCUGCAGCUCCUCGGCUUCCGCGGCGUCCUGCCCUGGGAAGCGCCGCAGCUCGGCCACGACCGCAUGACGGCCAUCGCGCGCACCUGCCGCCAGAUCUACAACGAGUGCGCGCUGAUGCCGUACAUGCUCAACGUCUUCUCCUUCAGCCCCGGCGUCAUCGGCACGUGGAUGCGGCGGCGGGUCCCCGCGCAGAAGGCCGUCAUCACCACGCUGUUCGCCGAGCACCUGGCCUGCAGCUACAACGUCAUGCGGUGCCUCUGGGGCAACGCAAGCGCACAGGGUGCGCUGAGCCGGGAUAGCAACUACGACCGGAAGUUGUUCCAGGGCUGGACGGCGCUGAAGACGGUUUAUAUCUCGCGCCAGGUGGUGGCGAGUGUGUACGGCAGGCGGUGUCUGUGCCAUGGGGAUUUGGUUGUUGAGCUCGAGGAGGAUAUGCAGGAUACGAUUGCGAGGAGGAUCUGUGCGAAGAGGAUUGACGAUAUCUUGUCCAUUGCGCCGCCGGGUCUCAAGGUCGAGCUUCUGGAUUGGUGA